UUCGGCAGUUGAACGGCUCGCGACGAUUGCUGUCCGUGGAGAAGCAACCUUGGCCAUGGACCAGCCGGCUGGCCUGCAGGUCGACUACGUCUUCCGGGGUGUGGAGCAUGCCGUGCGGGUGGUGGUUUCUGGGCAGGUGCUGGAGCUGGAGGUGGAGGACCGGAUGACGGCCGACCAGUGGCGGGGCGAGUUCGAUGCCAGCUUCAUCGAAGAUUUGACUCACAAGACAGGGAACUUCAAACAGUUCAACAUCUUCUGUAACAUGCUGUGGGUGCCUCCAACGCCUUACAGUGAGUCAGUCACCCUUGACCUGCUGACCUACACAGACCUGGAGUCCCUGCGAAACCGCAAGAUGGGGGGCCGCCCGGGCUCCUUGGGCCCCAGGUCGGCUCAGCUCAACUCCAAGCGCUACCUGAUCCUCAUCUACUCCGUGGAAUUUGACAGGAUUCACUACCCGCUGCCCCUCCCGUACCAGGGCAAGCCCGACCCCGUGGUCCUGCAGGGCAUCAUCCGCUCGCUGAAGGAGGAGCUGGGCCGCCUGCGAGGGCUGGAUGGCCAGGCUGCUCAGGACACCCGGGAGACCGAGAUCUGGCACCUGCGGGAGCAGGUGUCGCGCUUGGCGUCUGAGAAGCGCGAGCUGGAGUGCCAGCUGGGCCGAUCGCGCGAGGAGGCUCUGGCCGGCCGGGCGGCGCGCCAGGAGGCCGAGGCGCUACGGGGACUGGUGCGUGGCCUGGAGCUGGAGCUGCGGCAGGAACGCGGCCUCGGGCACAGGGCUGCGGGUCGCCGCAGCCAGGACUGCCGCCGCCUGGCCAAGGAGCUCGAGGAGGUGAAGGCGUCGGAGCGGAGCCUGCGCUCGCGGCUGAAGACGCUGAACAGCGAGCUGGCUCUGUACAAACGGGGGAGACGGACUCCACCAGUGGUACUGGCCCGGGAGGACCGGGCUUCGUCGUCCCGUGAGCGCUCCACCUCUCGCGGCCGUGGAGUCACUCGCUCCUCAUCCCGGGAGAGCGGCCGCGGAAGCCGGGGUCGGGGCCGCCCUGCCCGCCCCUCGCCCUCACCCACAGGUGGUCGCGCGCUCCGUUUCGACCCCACAGCUUUUGUGAAAGCCAAGGAAAAGAAGCAGAAGGAGAUCAGGAUGAAGUUACAGCAGCGGAACCGCUUGGGCAGUGGAGGAAGCGGGGACGGUCCGUCUGUCUCAUGGUCUCGGCAGACCCGGCCCCCUGCUGCCGUGACUGGCUGUGGGGACGCAGCUAACCGCUCCCGAAACAGAAACCGCAGCUCCUCCGUGGACAGUUUCCGCAGCCGCUGCUCCUCCGCCAGCUCCUGUAGCGAGUUCGAGGACUUCUCAGAGUCGCUCUCCAGAGGCGUUCCUCGCCGUGGGAAGCCGCCUAGCCCCACACCCUGGAGUGGGUCCAAUACGAAGUCCACCCCCUUGGAACGCAGCCACCAUCAGAGACGCCUGGCCAGCUCGGGUGGCUGGGUCCCCAUCAAAGAGUACAGCUCGGACCACCAGGCGGCCGAUAUGGCCGAAAUAGACGCCCGCCUGAAGGCCUUGCAGGAAUACAUGAACCGACUGGACACGCGGUCGUGACCGUGGACAGGGGGUGCUGCCCCUCCACCCCCCACCCUCUGCUGGGUAUGGCAUGGGGGGCGGGGCCAGGGUGGCCUUCCUGCCCCGCCCAGGCUCCACCCCUCCUGGUGCACCUGGGGUCUCAGGUGUGUGAGGCCCUGACCCGAUCUUCUGCCCAGGCAAGGCAUGCUGGGAGAGAGGAUAUGUGCAUUUUGUAAAUAAACAUAUUUGCCUUUGGGA